AUGGAUACUCCCUCAAAGGAUCUCGAUCUCGACAAUACCACCGCCAUCGAACAUAACAAGUAUCUCUCGCACGACAAGCAGCCGGUCGGUCCACCCCGUCUUCGGUUUACGACCGUAUACGAUUACAGCAAGACUGCCUAUGAAAACGAACAGAGCAAUACGACCCGUGAUGGUCAACAAACUCUUCACGACGAAGCCGAUCCUGGAGUGAUCGACCGGCCGCUGUUGAGGCGAGAAUCGCCCGAGCUUCAAGUCGGCCUUCGCGACUUGUUGAUGGAGAGGGAAAGGCAUAUCAAUGCAAAAAUCAGGAAGAGGCUUCUUCGAGGCAAGAAAAAGGUGGACAACGGACAUCGCAGUGAGGCCGCAACUUCCUCAGGGCAAGAGACUGAACUAUUGGCGAGUUCAGAGACACAAACCGUGCCCUGCGCUCGUGCCAAUGGACAAGCGCUGGACGAUGCCGCCGAGGUGGAGACGGUCCCAAGAGGCAGCCUUGACGGUUAA